CCCUUUUUCUUCUUCCAAUUCUCCGAUGUUGAUGGCUUAUGUUGGAUUGGCGUCGGACUUUUGUGUAAAAUCGAAGAAUUAGAGCCACAACCGGAAGUAGUACUUGCUUGGAGCUUUAAGCAGCCAAUUGCAAUGGAACCGACUCUGGAUAACAUUAGCCCAGGCUCUGAUCCAAAACCUCCAGUCAUAUACCGGUGCAAGAAAUGCCGCAGGAUUGUUGCUACUGAAGAGCAUAUAGUUUCUCACAAACGUGGAGAAGGACAAAAGUGCUUCAAAUGGAAAAAGAGAAAUAGUGACUUGGAUGUCGAAACACCAGAAUGCUCCUCUAUUUUUGUGGAGCCCAUGAAAUGGAUGGAAGCAGUGGGAGAAGGUUGUGUAGAAGACAAACUCCAAUGCAUCGGUUGCAAAGCCAGACUGGGUUCCUUCAAUUGGGCAGGCAUGCAGUGUAAUUGUGGGACGUGGAUUAAUCCUGCCUUUCAAUUGCACAAAAGUCGUAUGGAUGAGUGCCGUGUUUAGGUGACUAUGUUAGUUUCAUUGACUGAUGAUGAGACGUCUGGCUGAUCUGUAAAUGCUUUGACGACAUUUUUUUACCAUUUUUAUAUGGUGCAAGAUAGAAUUGAUGCGAUGCCCAUUUUGCUGUCAUUACGUCUAAAUUUCCGUUUACCAGUUGACAGAAGGUCACCACUGCCUUCCCUAAACUGCUCAUGUUGUAGCUGUUAAAUGAGGAUGUCAGUAAAUGCUCUCCAGAAGUUCUGGUGGAGCUCUAUCUACCUGUUGAAGAAGUUGGGGU